AUGAAGGUGUGCCAUGGUCCCGCUAUGUGGCGUGUUAUUGACUUGAAGUAUGAAUCUCAUUUUAGUAGAAUGUCUCUGGUGCUGUAUAUGUUGCUGGAUAGGAUGUAUCGCAUAGCAGUGGAUCGUAGCCAGGGCAAAUUACUCAUAAUUAGCAUCCAAAAUUUUGGUAGCAGAGAGUUGCUCAAUUACAUUGCUAAGAGAUCAAGUCAGCUCAGAUAUCUAAAACUUGUCAAGUGUUUUAACAUUGCUGGAGGUUUGGCUGUAGCCGCCAAGAACUUGCCGUUGUUGGAGGAGUUGCACAUUCACUUGACCUUUAUUAGCGAAGAGGAUAUAGAAAGUGUUGGUCGUUAUUGUCCUCUGCUUAACUCAUUCACAUUGAAUGCCAGUGAAUAUGAUACUCCUGUAAAUUUAAUAUCUGCAGAUGAUGGUCAAGCUCUAGACAUUGCCAAAAGUAUGCCUGAAUUGCGGCACCUUGCACUUAUUGCAAAUACGCUGACAAAUGUUGGACUUGAAGCUAUUCUUGAUGGCUGUCCACACCUUUUAUCACUUGACUUGCGCUGCUGUUAUAAUAUUGAUCUUGAAGGAGAUUUAGGUAAAAGAUGCAGAGAACAGAUUGUAGAUCGUAAGCAACCUUGUGCUUCCUGUCAAGAUUAUGAGUUUUAUUCUGAAUUUUCACAUUACUGUUUCUCUAAUGAUGACUCUACAUUUAGGGACUAGGGUCUCCUAAUUAUGAUAACUUCCUCCGCUUCAGAGACUAUAUAUCUUGAGAAACUAAUGUGGCAGUUUGAUGGGAAUGUGGAAGAAGACAAAGGGAUUUUAGUAGCAGUGGUUUUUCAUCUUCCUUUCUUUUUUGUGUUUGUUUCAGAACAAAAGUGGUGGUUGCAUUUGUUUUUGUGAUGCUGUGAUAAAUCGAUCUUAGCUUUUGUUAUAUAAGACAUUAUAUUUGUGAGGAAUGUGGUAGUUUGAUUUCUA